AGGAAGCUAUGAAAUGACCACGGCUGGCCUCUCUGCAUUCCUGUAAGGCUUGCUUUUUUAAAAUUGGAAGCGGCUUUUAUAGAUGCUCCUCCAAACAGGUUUGUUUUUUUCCAUACUGUCCCAUUUAGACUUUGGAAUGUGUGUAUGAAAGGGCAGGCCCCCAAAGUGACUUUCCAAUCUGUUUUUGCAGUUCCAGCCAAGUUCCCUUUAAUGUAUGGAGCAAGUGAAGUUGAGUUGACUCUUAUAAUAUCACAGAACUCGGGCGCAGCUGCUGCUUUAAGUGGCACUGUGUGAUAGUACAACAGCUCUGCUAUUUACUGGGACUCAAGUGCCUGGACUGGCACACAGACAUUAUAUGAAAUCCGAAAGCAUGAGGAUAAAGGAGAUUUCUUUGCGGCAGGAUCCUGAUCUAAGAAAGGAGUUGGCAUUGCUAGCUCGAGGAUGUGAUUUUGUUUUGCCUUCUAGAUUCAAGAAGAGACUGAAAGCUUUUCAGCAGGUCCAGGUUCAGACAAAGAAGGAAGAAACUUUGCCACCAUCACUUAGUCAGAACAUUCCAACUUUCUAUUUUCCUCGAGGAUGUCCUAAGGAAAAAGUAAAUAUAGAUGCUGUGAUUGCCAAAAUUGAGAGAACUUUCUCUGAGUUUCCAAAUGAGAGGGCAACAUUAGAAGACAUGGGGAAGGUUGCAAAGGCUUGUGAAUGCCCACUUUACUGGAAAGGUCCUUUGUUUUAUUGUGCUGGAGGUGAACGAACAGGAUAUGUGUCAGUUCAUAAAUUUGUUGCAAUGUGGCGGAAAAUACUUCAGACCUGCUAUGAUGAUGCUGCAAAGUUUGUUCAUCUUCUAAUGAACCCUGGAUGCAACUACUUGGUGCAAGAAGACUUCAUUCCUUUUUUACAAGAUGUGGUGAAUAGUCAUCCUGGCCUAUCAUUUUUAAAAGAAGCAGCUGAAUUUCAUUCUCGGUACAUUACCACAGUUAUACAGAGAAUAUUUUAUACGGUAAAUAGGUCCUGGUCUGGGAAAAUAACUUGUAACGAGCUCAGGAAAAGCAACUUUUUGCAGAAUGUGGCAUUAUUGGAAGAGGAAGCUGAUAUUAACCAGCUGACAGAGUACUUCUCAUAUGAACAUUUUUAUGUUAUCUAUUGCAAAUUUUGGGAGCUGGAUACAGACCAUGACCUCUAUAUUGAUCGGAAGGAUUUAGCUCGCCAUAAUGAUCAUGCAAUAUCAAAUAGGAUGAUAGAGAGGAUCUUCUCAGGAGCGGUAACAAGAGGUAGGAAAGCACAAAAAGAUGGAAAAAUUAGCUAUGCUGAUUUUGUCUGGUUUUUGAUAUCUGAAGAGGACAAGAAGACACCAACUAGCAUUGAAUACUGGUUUCGCUGCAUGGAUCUUGAUGGGGAUGGUGCUUUAUCUAUGUAUGAACUGGAGUAUUUUUAUGAAGAACAGUGCCAAAAGUUAGAUAACAUGGCCAUAGAACCUUUGCCAUUUGAAGACUGUUUGUGCCAGAUGCUGGAUCUUGUGAAGCCACAAUAUGAAGGAAAAAUUACUCUGCAUGAUUUAAAGCGAUGUAAGUUGACAAAUGUGUUUUUUGAUACUUUUUUCAACAUUGAAAAAUACCUUGACCAUGAACAGAAGGAUCAGUUUUCUAUGUUGCGGGAUGGUGAAGGUGAAAGCCAAGAGGUCUCUGACUGGGAGAAGUAUGCUGCUGAAGAGUACGACAUCUUGGUAGCAGAAGAGGCAGCAAGUGACCAGUGGAAUGACGAGUAUGAAGCAGAACUGAAUCCUGUAGACCAUCAGAAGGCCAGUGUCCUAAAGUAUCAAAUGGAAAAAAGACCAUUUUUUGAAAUGCCUUCCCAUCUGGCUGAUGUAGACUUGGAUGACUAUGACUACGAAGAGGACUUUGAGUAGUGGUUACUUAUGGUCAACACUUGCAGAAGAGAAGGGACAGUCUGCAGCAGGUCUGCUAUACAUCUAUAUGUUUCACUGGGUCUUGUUUCCAGGAAGUCAGCUUAGUUUUGUGCUAAAAAUAUUUAAUCACUAAACUACCUUUCAAAUAAAAGAAGUGCAUUUGUAUGGAAUGAUGAAACUUUUUGUAUUUAUUCAAUAGUCUAUAGUUUGUAAAAUAGAUUAAAAUAUUUAUUUACAGAUGUUGCAUAAUUCCUUUUUGAAAGAAUAACAAUAUUUGACUUUAGGGAAAAGUAAUCUACUGUUUUUGAGAGAAACUCUGUAGUUCCCUCAAAGUUGAUGUGCGGUGCACUGACCAUCUCCGUCCCAUAGGCAGACAGAUAUUCCUGUCCUGUAUGGGAGGUGAGGAGACAAUGUGCAUCUGGCUGGCACUGCUUACGUGCUCAGGCAGCCCUCGGGCUUUCCUGCCUUGGCAAGGAAGAGCCAGGACUGAGUGCGUGGUUCAGCGCUCAUUUACAAGCAGUUUCAUUUGACAAGCUGAGCAUAUUAGUGCACAAGGAAGAUAAUGCCUGAGACAAGUUGCUUCUCUUCUCUGUGUAGUCCUUGUUUGCCCCAACUUUAAUUCUGCUUGCCCUUUUAAACUUCAGUCUUUUCAUUGGUGUUCAUUAUAAAAAAUUAUUUAAUAAUGAAGUCUGUUUUAGUGUUCAUACUUGAUCUAAAAUGAGUUUGUUCAUUCAUGUAGAAGGAACCAAUUUUUUAAAAUCCUUUGUAUAAAUGUUACUUGAUCAGUGAUGUGCACUAAUCUGUUGUGGGCAUUCAGUGCUUUUGUCUGUCCCCCCCUUCAGUUGUUUGCUAUUGACACAUUCCAAGGAUAUUCAUCAGUGUCACAGCAGCUUGAAAUUGUUGCCUCACUUUUACUGUUAAACAGAUUUUGUUUGAAAAAAAAAUGUACAAAAAGAUGUAAGUUAUUUUUUGGUUGCAGUGUAGAUCUGUUAAAAAUCACGUUUGUAUUUUCAAAUAAAGAUUUUUUUCAUACAUGUAAUUUGACAGUUGUAAUUAGUAUGUAUUGCAUACAGUUAACUUACUAAAGAAGGAUCAUCAAAGAUGAGUUACACAUGUUUGCAGUCUGGUUAGAUAAUUACACCAAGCUGCAUACUCAGAACUGAGCUCUAGCAGGUUUUUUCUUUUUCAUCCAAAAGACAGUGUUGCUGAGCAGCUGGAAGUGGUACAGAGAAAUCUGUUCCAUUUACUCAUCACACCAAUUCCUGUAGAGACUUAGCAACCUCUAUAUC